AUUUCUAUUUUGCUGGGCAGCUUGACCCUCUAUAGUAUUUGUGGCAAUGUAGAAAUGAACAGACUGCAAAAAUGAAUUUUCCACCAUUUAAAAAAAUCGGAAAAUGGUAUUACACGACCACUUUUGUAACAGGGUAGAGGUCGUUGGUUUAACCAACCAAAUAAAUAGGAUUUAUGUCAGUUUAGGGUAUUUCCUUAACAUCAGUUUGUUUAAACUUAGGCUAAAUUUAGGUACUAGCUCGAUAUAAAGCAGUUUUAAGUUUUAUUAGGUUGUUCUUUAGUAAUAUUGAAUUUUAUGUGAGAAUUAACGGGACAUAAGCUUAGACAGAACAUUUUUUUACAUAGUUGAACGUAUUUACAUUGGUGUUACAUUAUACUAAGCCAAAAUUAGGUUUCAACACGUGAGAGUGCCGUCAGUGCCAAACGCACGACGUUUUUCCCACCAUGGCCAGUGUUUUGCAAUUUAAAUCGGUAUAAUUGAAAGGGGCAGCGUCUUUGCACUCCAAAGUCCCGAAUUUCGUGUAUACAUUCGACUUACAAACUUAUAAUCUCACUUAUGUACGGAAAUAUCCAUCAGUCACGCUGCCGCGUACGACAGUUCCUACCGUCGUCGACUCGUCGUGGCCGCAUGAGGGGGGAGGGAUAGUAGAGAGAGAGAGUGAGGAACGACUCAGUAGAUUUGUUUUGGUAAACAAAUGUGAACUGAAGUCUUAUUUUUCCGGAUGUUUAUUGUUUACGGAGGACUAAUCGCCACUUCCGCUGCACGACAGUGAUGCCGAGAGUCAGCAAAAGGCGCAGGGUCUUGCAGGAGCACGCAAGACUCGGUCACAAGAGGAGAGAGAUGAAAAUAGCGGAGUCGCAGGCGAUGUCGUCCCUUCUGAUAGUUGAGACAACUCGUGGCUGGAAAAUAGAAAAAGAUGAACGUCACAUAAAAGCAAUUAGACGAAACCAACUUGUGUGACCAUGAGUCCUACCUACACCAAGAUGGCGCCGCCCCCUGGAUGACUCACCACCCGCCUCCCCUGCCCUCCCUUGGGGGUGGGCGAGGUAGGGCUUUCUGUAUCCCAGACUCACAGAGAGGGGACGGCAGGACAGGUGUGUUGUCCUGUAGACUGCUCUACAAUAGUGUGCACAAGGUUCCUUUUGCAAAUGCCGACGACCUGCAUUGCUAUUGGCUGCUCAAACAAGGGGAAGAUGGAAGGCAUUACGUAUCACAGUUUUCCUAAAAAUGCAGAACAUCGGCAAAAUUGGAUUAAUGCCGUUAAGAGGAAGGACUGGGAGCCAAAAAAGCACAGUCGGAUCUGUUCUGAACACUUUCAAGAAGCAGAUAUUGACCGGACAUCAUUAUCCUGUGUGCGAAUUCGAGAUGGAGCAGUUCCUGUGAUUUUUCCACCUUUGUCUCAGGAGUCACAGGAACUAGAGGACAUCAAGCCCGUACUAGACAUAAAAAUUGAAGAAGAUGAUCCACUGAGCACCCCACUCUCGACAGUUCAACAGUCUGACUUCGUUGGAGUUCCGUGUGGACUUAUGGAUGCAGAUACUACAAUCAGACAUGAACACCUCAAUUUUAUGCAUAAACGAAACAAGGAUGAGGACCACAGGGAUUUAUGGAAGGCAAGUGAACAGAAAAAGAAAAGGGAGCAAAACAAAUUAGCUCAACCCAUGAAGACUGACAAGAGACAUCGGAAGAUGCCAAGAGGGGGUUCCCACGAAGACUCAGAUAAUCUGAUUAGUGUUGUUAGAGAUCAAUAUAAUGAGUAUGGUUUACAAAUUGCUAAAACUCUCAGAGACAUCAAAAAUCCCGUUACAUUUCGUAGAGUGGUGAAUAGAAUCAAUAAAACACUCUUGGAUGCCGUAGCUGGCCGUUGUUCAAAAUCGUCUCCAGAGAAUGGUGUGCGGAGUAUGAAUGGUUCUAAAGCAAGUACAGAUUUCCCAAAGGUAAUAUUGCCACCUGUGUGCAAAGAUGAAGAAGAAGAACUCUCAGAUGCUGUUGAUCCAUUAGGCGGUUAUAGUCCUGACCAACCCAACAGUGUAAGGUUGCCGAGUUGAGUAAAGUGGUUAGACUCAUUACCAGUCACACAGACUGAAUUAAUUCAAGUCAGUCAGUACUCAUAUUCAUUCGCUAGGUCAUCAGAGCUGUUUUGGAUUCUGCAAUGUAAAUGCAAGAGGGAAACACUACUAUAGAUGCAAUAACAAAACAUCAACAAACCUCAUUGUGGAAGAUGUGGUCAGUUAUUCCCAGACUUGGUAAAUCAUCCAGAAAAUUUGUUCAGCAAUUUCUUUAGGAUGACCAUUGAAAAUUUUAAGUGGGUGGACUUGACUGGAUCUUCCUUAAGGAAAAUGCAUACCACUCUUAUCAGCAUGCUAGGGAAGCUGGAGAAAGAAUGUUUUGGUUACAUUAGAUUUCUUUGAUAUUGUUAGUAGUGGCUCGUUGACUUUUCCUUGAAUCAUCUUAAAAAUGAGAAAGUGAAGAAUAUUGUGUAAUGUAUUUUCCAUUUCAUGCCUGUGUAUCCAUGCUAGCAGAUCCACUUAUGUUAGCACUAUACUCUUUCUCUUUUCCCUCAUAAAAUUGCUCUGCAUAUGGUGUGAUUUGACCCUGCAUAUGGACCAUGAAAACAUUUUGUAUAAAAUAUCUAAUUUAUAUAGUUGUUAUAAAAAUUAUCAGUCAGAUUUGAAGUUUAUGCUGUGCGUAGUAUAGUUCAGUUAUUGAAUUCUCAUGUUGGAAUUAUGACGUUACAGUAUAUCAGCAGUUUACAUAAUUAUUUAUAAAAUACAGUAUAGUGGUGUAUUGUAGAAGUCUACCACAGUAUGUUGCAUGAUCAAGACUUUGAAAACCUAGCAUUUAUAUAAGAAAUAAAAUUAUUAAUGCAUGUAAUAUUUCUUUCUUACAAGACUUGUAGUUACCGGAGAAUCCUUUGCUUCCCUUGGUAUCCAGUUUUGUGCUGGAGAGGCCACAGGACACAACAUUGUCAAAGAAAAAGUGUUGUUGUGUGGGAAACACUACAGCUACUUCAAGUGCUAUUUCUAAACAAACAUCAGUCGGAAGAAAUAGCAAAGACUUUUGUAAGGCUGUACUGGGAGCAUUGAUGGCAGACGAUAUCAACUUGGAAAGCCAAGGUGGAGCAGGAUUACUCUCCUACUAAUAAGGUGGAUUCCAUUCUGUCUCGCUCCUAGCAAUUGCUGAUGCCAACUGCUGUUUUACAAUGAUUGAUGUGGGGCUAUAUGGAUGAAGUAGGGAUCGUUUGAUUUUUGGUGAUUCAGAUACUGCUUGGGGAAGUAAUUUCUUUCUGGAAUGUUAGGUAUUCCACAGUCGUGUAAAAUACCAAAUACUACAACCAAAAUACUAUUCUUUUCUGUAAAAGGUGAAGCUUUUCUGCUUUUCAUCUGAAGCCUGGUCUCAUGGAGCCUUAUCCAAGAAGGGAUUUGGGUUGUUCUAAAAGGGUAAAUAACUUGCAUCAGCUAAGCUAGAAGAGUGAUAGAAUGUGCCUUUGGAAUGUGUACAAACUUGGUGUAUGUGUUUCAACUCCAAUGAAUCAUUGUGCUUCACAUUUUCAUUCAGCAUGGAAAUGAUUUCAAAUACUUUCUUAGUGAUGGUAAUGCAGUCUCCAUUGUUCAAACCUGAGCACAGGUGAGAACCAAUGGGGCCCACAGCAGGAACCAUGUCAGUUUGAGGACAUCCUGAAGGAAUAUAUAGUUUCCAAAGUGAUGAAAUUGUCUCGCCUGUACAUUUCAGUUUAGCAUUUCUCCCCUUACGAGCAGUCGGAUCCUAAACAGUAGGAUGUUCUUGAACCAAAGUUAUUGGAAUGUCCACUUGCAUGAUGCUCACACCACUGCAGACUUGCAUAGACAAAUGAAGACAGCUGGUCCAGUCCUGUGUGUGACUAGACUUGAAAAUCGAGUUGACUUUGGUCCUCUGGUGUGAAUGGUUUCUGCACUGGUGCAUAUAGUACAAGUGAAUGUACACUGGAGUGUUAAUUUGAGAUGAGUAAUGCUUGACAUGACUUUUAUGAUCUUUUCUGAUGGUCAUGCAGUUUUAAGAUUCUGGGAAGACCAAAAGUGUUUGAAAAGUUACCCGAGAAUCCUGGAAAAGCUCUGUAAUUCAUGUGGCUAAGUCUUCUGGAAUUUCAAAUAUAGCACUUCUUUCAACUUCUGUUCCAUUCAGGUUCUUGAAGUUACCUUCUAGAAGUAAAAUAACUUGUGCAAGUACAAUGUAUAGUGGUUGAGGAAAUUUCUAAUUUUGUUACUAAUGACUGAGUAAAUAUAUUGUAUUUUUUUA